UGUCAGUUUUGGAGAGCAGUGGGGUUCGCGGAAUGAGGAGCAGGUAAACAAGAGAAUCUCUGGCCACGGUAGAUUAGCCAACGAAUCGGGUGGCCAGCAGGAUGAUCCGACCCUUCGUCACGCUGCUCUACUUCCUGCUGACCAGUUCGUCCAUCGUAUUCACGGCUUGCGUCAAUAAUGUCACGGGCACCACUCCGCCGGGAUCCGGACCGAGUACGUCGCUGACCAGCGGGCACAUCCACCGCACGGCGGCGGCCAUCGAAAGGGUGAACCUGCUCUGGUGCUACGCCUGCCACACGAUGGACGACGGAGAGGCCUGCGUGGAUGUCGCGGUCCGCAAUGACACCGCUCUGAUGAAGAAGUGCCACGGCGAAGAGUUCAUCUGCAUGGUCAAGCGGUUCUCCUACACCACCAGCACGGAAAACUCCACCAGCUCGCCAAAGAUGUGGUCCUUGGACCGGAGAUGCACUGCCAACUGCGAGCCCGGCUGCAUCAUAAUCGGCGAGCGGACCAAGCUCUACGCCUGCACGUCCUGCUGCGAGGAGUCCUUUUGCAAUACGGGUCGAGGCGCUGCCUCCGGGAUUUUCCACCGCGAGGACACGGGCAUCGGCACACGGCUCUUUUGGCUGGCCGCCCCCUUUCUGGUCAACAUGUCGUUGGUUCUGUACAAACGGCACGCCGGCCACGUUCUACUCAAGCUGCAAUAGUCCUGCUAUGGGUCAACUCACUGAAUUUACGGGCACUCAACGCUCCCCCCGGGAUGCCACACACUCAACUCCACUCAAUGCCAAAUCCUAGCUAAUUUUAGAUCUAUGUCUUCUGUAAUGUAGAUAGGCCACCAUGUUGCCGUGUGAUAAUAAAAGCUGGCCUCACACAACCAACAAAAACGAGAAACACAUAUUUUGCCUCUUGUUUCAGUAGGCUAGUUAUAAUAAAUCAUAAUAUUUUA